AGAGCGCGCACUUUUCUAAGCAAAGUUGCGGUAAAACCCGUGAGCAGGAUGAGCACGUUUCUUUGGUCGGGACGGUCGUCGCGUGCUGCUGGUGCAGAGAGUGAGCAGACGGGCUGGCCCGCAGUCCGGCUGCAGUGGGAGACGACGAGUGGGGGCGAGGAGACGGACACGCUGUGGCUCAGAUAGAGCUGUCUGCGGAAAGAGCCAGAGCUUCUUAUGAUCUACCGAGCGGCGGACAAACUGGCCAUAAAUGCGCGAAUAAACUGGCCCGUCCCCGAGCGCGAGGCGUUCCUCUCAGACUUCUCUCGAUCAAUCACACAGACAGUGGCUUCUUUUGAUUAAACCCCAAAUUGUCAUUGGACAGAGGUAAUCAUGUGACAAGCAAUACGGUCCAAUUUCAACCUUGUCUCCAUGAAAGCAAUAGUUUAAUGGUAUCGCCGUUCCCACACGGCCGUAAUCAGCAAUAUAGUUUUUUUUAUUUUUUUUAUUUUUUUAUUUUUUUUUAUUUAUUAUUUUCCCCCCACCACACACACUGUAUUUCAUUAUUUCUUCUCGAGCCAUAAAUCCGUGAGCGGUGACUUGUGAAGACUCCUCGGAGAUGAAUUACGAAUUCGAGCGAGAGACGGGUUUUAUCAACAGUCAGCCGUCGCUCGCUGAGUGCCUGACGUCCUUUCCCCCUGUCGCUGAUGCAUUUCAAAGUUCAUCAAUCAAGAGCUCGACGCUUUCACGCUCGACACUGAUUCCUCCUCCUUUCGAGCAGACCAUCCCGAGCCUGAACCCGGGCAGCCACCCUCGCCACAGCCGCCCCAAGCAGAACCCCAAUGGCUCCUGCCCGCUGCCCGCCGCCUCCUUACCGCCGGAAUACCCGUGGAUGAAGGAGAAAAAAGCUUCAAAGAAGAACCAGAGCUCGGCUGCAGCCACCACUGAACCUUCUCCGGUCUAUUUCUCUCCUCAAGGAUCGCCGGAGCUCUCGGAUGGAGGCGGCGGGGCUACGACCCGCAGGCUGCGCACGGCCUACACCAACACGCAGCUGCUGGAGCUGGAGAAAGAGUUCCACUUCAACAAGUACCUGUGCAGGCCGAGGCGGGUGGAGAUCGCCGCGCUACUCGACCUGACCGAGAGGCAGGUGAAGGUGUGGUUCCAGAACCGCAGGAUGAAGCACAAGCGCCAGACGCAGUGCAAGGAGAACCACCACGGCGAGGGCCGGCAGGCCAGCCUGGAGGCCUCGGCUGACGGGAAAGCGCUUCUGCCGCAAGCCUCUUCUGGAGCUCUCUCGGAGAGGGAGGGCUACGCGUUCCAGCACAACGCAUCGCCUCUCCAGCAUUCGCAGAAUGGACACAAUGGGGAUGCACAAGGCUCUACUGUUUCUUCUUUGAACAGCAAUGAGAAAAAUCUGAAACAUUUUCCCAACCCGUCACCCACUGUUCCUCUCUGCCCAGCAACAAUGGCCUCGGACAGCGCAUCUGCCCCGGACAAUGGCUCUCCCCCGGCCCUGGACUUUCACGUCUUCUCCUCGGAUUCCUGCCUUCAUCUUUCAGAUGCCAUAUCCCCGAGUUUGUCAGACUCUCCAAUUGGUUUAUCAGCGGAGACUUUUGACUUCUUCUCCGAGACGCUCACAACUAUCGACCUGCAACACUUGAGCUACUAACUCUAAAAAAAAAAGUUUCAAUCGCAAAAACAGGAGUCGCUAUCUUUCUCACGUUGAUGGUCAGUGUGUUUUAAUUAUGACUUUCAAACUAAUAAAAACUAGACCUAGACCGUUAGCUUACGAUGUGUUCAGUUUAAUUGUUCGAAAUUGAAAGAUCGUUUGUGUUUACAACGUUAAAAAAAUGAUAUUUUUCUCGUUUUUAUUUUUGUAUCAUUUCCACCCCUCGGCCGUCUGCGCCGUAUUUUCCUAGAAUAAAUUUUUACCUGUUAUCGAAGAGAAA